GGAGACUGGAGCCAGUUGAUAGGCUGCUUGUCGGAGCCUUUGUAGCUUCCGGUCUAGUCGUGCGUCUGCGUCUUCCGGGUUUGGGGGCACCAUGAGUACUAUGUUCGCUGACACUGUCCUCAUCGUCUUCAUCUCGGUGUGCACGGCGCUGCUCGCUGAGGGUAUUACAUGGGUGCUGGUUUACAGAACAGAGAAAUACAAGAGACUGAAAGCUGAAGUGGAAAAACAAAGCAAAAAAUUGGAAAAAAAGAAGGAAACAAUAACUGAAUCAGCAGGACGACAGCAAAAAAAGAAAAUAGAGAGGCAAGAGGAGAAGCUGAAGAACAACAACAGGGACCUGUCGAUGGUUCGAAUGAAGUCCAUGUUUGCGAUUGGCUUUUGCUUUACCGCCCUCAUGGGAAUGUUUAACUCCAUAUUUGACGGCCGGGUGGUGGCAAAACUUCCUUUUAUCCCCCUCUCCUACAUCCAGGGCCUGUCCCAUCGCAACCUGCUGGGGGAGGAUUACACUGACUGCUCCUUCAUCUUCCUCUAUAUUCUCUGCACCAUGUCUAUCCGGCAGAUCUCUGUUGCUUCUUCCUCUGGAGGUGCCUUGGGACUUAGAAACCCUUACACCAGGUCAGCAGAGGAAAUGACUCUUGUGCCAACUUCUAGCAGAGGGGUCAGGAUGGGCUUGAUGAAGUGGUUCAAUAAAAGAAUGAAAGCUCCUUUACCUCAGAAUAAGUACAUAUUAAUGGCUCAAACAGAUUCUCUCCCUCCUUCCACAGCAGGAUCCUUCAUUACAUCAGAUCUGUGUCCAAUCUUGUGUAAAGGAACAAGGCAUACAAAUUAGCAAAAGCCAUCAAGUCCACCGACCCCUAAUAAAAUGCUGUCAGCACAGCAGAUCUUGUCCAGUGCUCUUUCCCUGACCUGGAACUAGAACAGCAGGUGUUGUUGUGUGCUGAAGGGUUUGUCUAGUUUUUGUGUCACCCAUUGGGAAGCUUUUGUGUUGUUUCUACAGUAACUGCCCCCCAGUGAAUCUCACGCCAGAUAGCCCGUGGUUUGCAGUACCCUGGGGAAACUCUCCCUGCCAUCAAUCUCUGUUGCAAUGUGCUCUACGCCUUUCUGUUUUGACACCAGUAGACUUUCUUUUGCACCCUGAAAGGCCACGAGCAGUGAGAGUGAAACUCAGAUUGUGCUGGCUGCUGCAUGUCUUCUCUGCACCAGUUGGAUACUUGGAGAAUUCAGUGGCUGAAAAAUCCCAAGUGGCUUUUUUGUAUGUUUUUAAAAUAAAAAAAAUCCCAUGGUGCAUUCCAGUUUUGACGAUUUCCUGCUGUCACCUUCUGCGAUGAAACAGACUAGAAGUAGCGCGAAGUGAAUGGCUAGGCAUAAAUACCUGGGUUUUCAAUGCAGGUGUUCAGCUUGUUCAGUCCAACAAGCCUUCAACAGAAAAUUCCAGGAAGGGUCUUUACUUGUGACCAAGAGUCCCGGCUAAUGGCCUGGUGGGGGGAGUAGCACCAUUGCCUUGGAAAGGGUAUUUCAGCUGUGUAGCUUCAUAUGCCGCAGCCUCUCUACUUUAACGCUUUUUUUAAU